GCGCGCUCUGCGAGCCCGGCGCCCUUGCGGCCGGGUCACUGCGCGCCUUUGCAGCCAUGGCCGCCGCUCUUGGAUUUCGCUCCCUGUGCCGCGCACGACCUGCGCCGCUCUGCCGGCACGUCGAUCGGCUGUGGAUGACCCCUCGUCGGGGGCACCGUCUCUCCCCGGCGGAUGACGAGUUGUACCAGCGGACACGCAUCUCUCUGCUGCAAAACGAGAACCCAUUGCCCGUAUACAUCGACAGCUACAGUAGCAGAGGGUUCACAGUCAACGGAAACCGUGUGUUAGGCCCGUGCGCGCUGCUCCCACAGACGGUGGUCCAGUGGAACGUGGGAUCUCAUCAGGACAUCACUGAAGAGAGCUUCUCCCUUUUCUGGAUGCUGGAGCCGAGGAUAGAGAUUGUUGUAGUGGGCACUGGAAACAAGACUGAGAGGCUGAAUUCCCAAGUACUACAGGCCAUGAGACAGCGGGGCAUCGCCGUGGAGGUGCAGGACACGCCCAAUGCUUGUGCCACCUUCAACUUCCUGUGUCAUGAAGGUCGAGUGACAGGAGCUGCCCUCAUCCCCCCUCCUGGAGAGACGAUGCUCACCUCCUUAUCUCAAGCUGCACAAUGAACCACCAGGAACCGUCCAGGAGGGCACAGGCACACUGCAGAGUGCAGGGGUUCCCAGUGCCUCCCCACCCUCCGCCUUUUGGUACUUUGAACACUUAUCCAUGAUAAUUUAUCCUCCUAGAUACAAACAUUGUGUGGCUGCUGACAGGGUGGGAUGGAAAUUCAGUGGGGAGACCCUGGUCACUUAAAGUCCAGGAAGCAGUGCUCACAAUCUACUUAGCACAAAUGUAGAUUUGAGGACACCCCGACAGCUCUCGUGAUUGAAGUGUGUUCAUCUCGUGUCCCAAGGCUCUGCUGGAGAAUGAGGGGACUAUAUUUUGUGAACAUUUGUGAUGGUGGUGACUGCAAAGUUACACGUGCCCAUUUAACUCAAA